CCUUCGGCUUUUAUCAACCAACACCGAGGAUGAAAUGUCCUUAAGAAUGCCUGCCAUCUGGUCAUCCUCAGAGCGACCGAUCUCCGUCCGAACAGUUUGGGUGGACGGGGUUCGUCACGCGAUAUUAUCACCGGACGAUCCUCUGGUGCAGAGCCACGCGAGUCUGCGGCCCCGUCAACGUUCCCGUCCGACGACAUCAAGUAGCGUGAAUUACCGUGACGAGGAUUACUUCCCGGAAGUGAACGACCUCCGGGAGUGUCUGGUGAAGCUGCGAGUGGUCGUCAACCGGAAUGAUGUACCAUCGACGCCAUGUUCAGAGCCUAAUUUGCUCCUGCCAAAGGACGAGGAACAGAGUGCGACUUCCGAUUUCCAGGAUCCGAAGUCAUCCAGAGUUUCAAGAGGCACCGAGAACCGGAAGAAGCGGAUCGACUCGGCCUGCACGGUCCUUGGAGAUCCGGAAAGCGGUCUUCGGCUGCCGGAAAUUCAGGAUAACUCGCUGUCCGAGCGUGUCCUGCAGUGGCUCGAUCUGUCAGGACGCGGUGGCGAUUAUCGGAGGAACGAGACGCGAAAAAGUUCGCCGGAAGUUGCGGCUCGCAGACGAGGCAGCUCGGCCGUCAUACCGAAGGAGAGGAUCCUCGUGCAGAAUUACACGCUUCGAACGAACGCCGAGGAGGCUGGAGACAGGAUCAAAAUCGGAGCGGCAAAUCCGGUUCCCCGGGACAACUGUCGGCGGGAAAUCUGCCCGCCUCCAGGACCGGAAGUCCCGGUUGUUCGGUCCUACUUUGUCGACCGUCUGACGACCGCUGCGAGGAAGAAUAUCGAGGAGUCGAUGCCGGUUGAAGGGGAGGCUCAGAAUAAGCAGAGCUUAUGGUCUCCGCCUAAGAAACCGCAGCUUCAUAUAUUCAUGCCGACUUUGUCACCGAGCGAGAAAAUUCUCUCGUCAAUUGAGUCUCUUUACGAGCAGCGGAGGCCCGGACAAGAGUCUUGACUUUGUUAAUUUCUUUUAGUCGCUAAGAAGAGGCUUAAGGAUA